AUGAAACGAACGGGAUUUGCAUAUUUUUUUGCUUUAAUUGGUGGACUUUUUGGUUUUCAUCAUCUUUAUUUGGGCCGUACUCAACAUGCUUUAUUAUGGUUUACAACAUUCGGCGGUUUUGGCAUUGGUAUUAUUUACGAAUUAUUAUUUUCAAUAAGAAACUAUGUUCGUGAAGCAAAUAAUGAUAAACUAAUAAUUGAUGAGUACGAAAAAAUAAUGCGAGAACAAAAAUCACCAGCUUUUGAAUUAAAAAGAUUUUGUGGUCAAUAUAUAACUGCUUUAUUCUAUGGUUUCAUUACGUAUUAUGCUUUUCCGGAUACGUGGCUUCACAAAACGUUUCCAUCAUUGAUUGUUGGAGUUUGUUGUGCUCUUGCUAUUGCUCUUGGUACGCAAUUAGUUGGUACACUUGGUCCUCGUCAAUGUUCAUUUAUUUGGCCAUUAUUAGGUGCUUUACUUGGAUUACCUUUUCUAGUUGGAAAUGGUGAUGGAUCACCGUCAUUUAACAUAGUAGCUUUCUUUUCAUGUUGCAUAUUUGAAUGGAAAAUCGAUUGGGAUCCAGAAUAUUUUCCAACUAAAACUGAAUCUCAAGUGACAACAUCGAAAAAAAAACAACGUCAACGACGACAUAUUAUUAAACGUUGUAUUAUACUUGGAUUUGGUGCAUGCGUAUUUGGAUUAAUAUUAACAUCAGCUGUGUAUCAAAAUUUGCAAGUUGAUAUUAAUGGUGAACGUGUUAAAGUUAAAGAUGUUAUAGCUGAUUUUUUUAAAUCACAAGAAUUUAUAAUAUUAUAUCAGCAAUUAUCUAGUGUGGUAAAACAAUUGUAUGCUUUUUAUUUACAAUAUGGAUUUAAAGGAAUAUGGACACAAAUAUGGACAGCGUUGGACUUCGAAAGUGAUAAACAAGCAUUUGAAGUUCUAAAUCUCGACAGUGAUGCUUCGCAAAAACAAAUCGAAGCACAAUGUCGAACCUUAUCACGUAAAUGGCAUCCAGAUCGAUAUCGAGAUCUGGAAGCUAAACAAAAAGCUGAAGCAACAUUUAUGAAUAUACAACAAGCGUGUAAUCGUUUAUCCAACGAACGUAAACGACGUCAAGACAUCAAUACACAAAAGCGUGAAAAUCCAAAUUGA